AGUCUUCUGCGUCAGUGGCUAUAUAUUUGGCCUUCCCCUCCGUUGUACUCUUCGGGGUAAGAGACAAGUGAUCGCUUUAGACGAUGGAAUGGCUCGAAGAAGUCACCUCCAUGCGCUUCGUGGUAUGUGUUGUGGUACCUGUGACGUUGCUGCUUGCUGCUUCAACGAGGUGGCGGCGGAAGCUGCCGUUUCCGCCGGGGCCGACGCCGCUGCCCAUCGUCGGUAACAUGUUGAUGAUGGGCCAGCUCACGCACCGCGGCCUCGCUAAGCUGGCGGAGCGCUACGGUGGACUCUGCCAUCUGCGCCUUGGCUUCGUCCACGUCUUCGCGGUGUCGACGUCGGAGAUAGCCCGGCAAGUCCUCCAGGUGCAAGACGCCGUCUUCUCCAACCGCUUCGCCACCAUCGCCAUCACCUACCUCACCUACGACCGCGCCGACAUGGCCUUCGCCCACUACGGCCCCUUCUGGCGCCAGAUGCGGAAGCUGUGCGUGAUGAAGCUCUUCAGCAAGAAGCGCGCCGUGUCGUGGGCCUCCGUGCGCGAGGAGGUCGACGCGGCCGUCCGCGCCGUCACGGACGGCGCCGGCGCCGCCGUCAACCUCGGCGAACUCAUGUUCAACCUCACCAAGAACAUCACCUUCCGGGCGGCGUUCGGGACGCAGAGCCACGAGAACCAGGAGGAGUUCAUCGCCAUACUUCAGGAGUUCUCCUUGCUGUUUGGGGCGUUCAACAUCGGCGACUUCAUCCCGUGGGUGAGCUGGAUGGACCUGCAAGGCAUCAACAAGAGGUUCAAGGUGGCACGAGAAGCACUCGACGGCUUCAUCGACAAGAUCAUCGAGGAGCACAUGGCCAACCCCAAGGAAGCUGACGCAGAGGAUUCCGACAUGGUCGACGAGAUGCUCGCCUUCUUCGAGGAGUCCCGCGACCGCACGAAGGAAAACGAGGCAGAUGAGCUCCAGAGAACGCUCAGGUUGACCAGGAACAACAUCAAGGCCAUAAUCAUGGAUGUGAUGUUUGGCGGCACGGAGACGGUGGCGUCCGCCAUCGAGUGGGCCAUGGCGGAGCUCAUGAAGAACCCAGAGGACAUGAGGCGAGUGCAAGAGGAGCUGGCCAGCGUCGUCGGGCUGCACCGGAAGGUGCGCGAGAGCGACCUCGACAAGCUCCCCCACCUCAAGUGCGCCGUGAAGGAGACGCUCCGCCUCCACCCCCCCAUCCCCAUCCUCCUCCACGAGACCGCCGAGGACUGCCAACUCACCGGCUACGCCGUCCCCGCUCGCUCCCGCAUCAUGAUCAACGUGUGGGCCAUCGGCCGCGACAAAUCAGCAUGGGAGGACGCGGAAGUGUUCCGGCCGUCGAGGUUCGCCCCCGGCGGCGAGGCGGCCGCGCUCGACUUCAAGGGCGGCUGCUUCGAUUUCCUGCCCUUCGGGUCGGGGCGGCGGUCGUGCCCGGGCAUGCAGCUGGGGCUGCACGCGCUGGAGCUCGCGGUGGCUCAGCUGACGCACUGCUUCAACUGGGAGCUGCCCGACGGCAUGAAGCCCGGCGAGCUCGACAUGGAGGACCUGUUCGGGCUCACAGCGCCGAGGGCGGUGCGGCUGGUGGCCGUCCCUACGCCACGACUCACCUGUCCCCUGUACUGAUGGAUCACCCCGUCCAUCCAUGUUCAUCAUGUCCAGUGUUUCCGGAAGAACCAAGACAGGAUUCGUACGCAUGCCAUGUCUGUGUGGGAGAUUGCUUCUUGGUCAACAUGGAAUCCAUGUUGCAGGCAGCAGAAAUAAAGAUGUAUGAUUGUGUCUCAUGUGUUGUGGUGGAACAAGCAGUGUGUCUCAUAUAUGUUAUCUGUCUCAUGUCAAAUAAAUAGACUUAAGACACUAUUAUUCUUAAGUCAAGCUUUUUUUUGUUA